CUGAUGUGGACUAUUGGUCUGCUGACUCAGAAAAGGAACCAAAUGAUGAAGCUGAGGUGACCAGCAGCUUUGAAGAUGACCUGAGACAGUGGGCCUUGGAGCACAAAUUGACGCACAGAGCGCUUAACGGUUUAUUGCCCAUAUUAAGGAAGCAAGGUCACCUAUUGCCUUUGGAUUGCCGGACACUCCUUGCUACACCACAAGUUAAUACAACAGAGCCUAAAUGUGGUGGGCAGUACGUGUACUACGGCUUAGAAAAAGGGAUCUGUCGUCAUUUAAGUCAGAUGGACAGUAAUGAUGUGCACCUCAGUGUAAACAUUGAUGGCAUACCACUUUUCAAAAGUAGUAAUGUCCAAUUCUGGCCAAUACUGGCAAAGUGUGGCCAUUUUGGUCCAUUUAUUGUAGCUAUGUUUAGUGGACAGAAGAAGCCAAGUCCAAUCGAGGAGUAUCUUGAAGACUUUUUGACAGAGUACAAACAUCUCAAAGACAAUGGUAUAGUUUAUGAAGGCCAGACUUACUCUGUCAGUAUUGAUGCUCUGAUCUGUGAUGCGCCAGUAAGGGCAUAUCUAAAAUGUAUUAAGGGUCAUACUUCCUAUGAGAGUUGUGAAAGAUGUUUAAUCAGAGGUGCUCGUUUUGAUGGAAGAAUAGUUUUCAGUGAACAGGAAUUCACUUCUCGAACAGAUGACAGUUUCUCCAGAGUGGAGUACAGGAACCACCAAAUUGAUGUCAGUCCCUUCAUUGCUGCAGGAAUUCCUUGUGUUAGCUCAUUUGUCCUAGAUUAUAUGCAUAUGGUCUGCUUGGGAGUAGUUAGACGCCUGUUGUUUUACUGGACACGUGGCCCAAAAAUCUGUCGUUUAUCUGUGAGGCAAAAGGAUGCAAUUUCCCAAAAACUAACUGCACUGAGAGGGAAGAUGCCGAGUGAAUUUGCCCGGCAGCCACGGGCUUUACAUGAAAUAGAUAGGUGGAAAGCAACUGAACUAAGGCAGUUUUUGCUAUACACAGGACCUGUGGUAUUGAAAACUGUGUUGUCCCCUGAAAGAUACACACAUUUCUUGUCCCUGACAGUGGCAAUGUCAAUAAUGCUGGAGUCAGAUGAUAGGAUUCGCAAGGCCUAUCUCCAAUAUGCCCAUGAACUAAUCAAACACUUUGUCAUGUGCUGUGCUGACCUGUAUGGCAAGACCUUUCCUGUAUACAAUGUACAUGGACUAGUUCAUCUCCAUGAAGAUGCCAGCCACUUCAACUGUUCCUUGAAUGACAUUUCCUGUUUUCCCUUCGAAAACUACCUGCAACAAAUUAAAAAACAUGUGAGGAGUGGGAGAAGUCCCCUGGAACAAGUCACCAGGCGUUUGUCAGAAAUGGAACAUUCAGAAGUGAACGUAAGCAAAAUGCACCCUGAGGUGUUUGCUUCUGUUAAAGAAAGGGACUGUUGUUUUCUCUUGAGAGACGACAGAUUUGCUUUUGUUCGACAGAAAAAUGCAGACGGUACCUUUGCUUGUGAAAUCCUGCACCAGCAUUACACUUCACCAUUAUUUCACCAACCAUGUAGCUCUGGACUUCUGAAUAUAGUGUGCAUAGGAAAAGGUCAGGUCAGGAUGAAAAAUGGACUACUGUGUGAAAGGGAUCUGUUCCGGAAGGUGGCCUGCCUCCCACAAGGAACUGGAGGUUCUGUCCUCAUACCGCUUCGCCAUGGUGUGGAACACUAAAGAUCAUGUAUACAAGGGCUGUUUGGAAGGAGGGUGAACAAGAGGAGGAGGGUGUAGUUCCUGAAAAUUGGAUCGACAGGAACAACAGAACAGUUAGGUGGCCACAUAGUAUGAGCGCCACAAAAACUGAAAGGGCUCUAAGGGACAAAAUUAACCCCCAGGAUCACUGGAUGACGUUCCCUUUAAUCAAAAUAAAAUUUUCGU